AUGGCUACCAGUUCCGAUACUGCGCCUGCAGAAAUGGCAGAUUGUAUACAUGUGGAUGGCACAGAACAUAAGGUGGUCGACGUAGGAAGUGGCGGAAAUGUCAUUCUAGAAGUUUUGUUUGAAAACACGAAAGCUUGUACAAAGUCGAUACCGAAUGAAAUGAUCCAAAAGCUACGGACCUCCAAAACUCCAUUUCCCUCCGCACGAGUGUUCUAUCGCGUUCGUCUCGAUACUUUGAAAAAGCAUUCCAAGUACUUCGGACAUCUUCUUGGUUCAGAUGUAUUUGAAGAAGGUCGGGCUAUAUCUGCCAAAUUUACAGAGUUGUCUCUAUCGGGCAAAGAUGCUUCGAAGCUACCGGCGGAGGAACUUCCCAAGAUACAAAUAAAAGAUGAGGAUUAUGCAACGAGAACUAUUGGGAGGGAAACAGUUUUCCAUGACAUGCUCAGAAUGAUUCAUGGCAUGGAUCAUUCCAGCAAAUCUAUUACUCUUCUCUAUAUCGCUAUCUUGGUGGUUAUGGCAGAUAGAUAUGAUUGUAUGGCUACAAUUGCACGAUACAUCACAGGCAGAUUCUCAAAUUUCCGAUACCCACCAACGCUCGAAAAAACUACGGAAGAAGUUAUUUCCUUUGGCCGAAAGCAUAUGAUGGUGAUGCUGAGCAGCUUAUUAACUUGUUACGACAAUGCCCAAGUUAUCAGAUUGAUAAAAAUCAUGGUCAUUGUGGUUUACGUAGUAAAUUACUCCCUGCCUUGGACUAUAUCAAAGAAUGUAUGGAUGCUGGCAUCGGCAUCAAGGUCCAAUUAUGGAAAACAGAGAGAUCCACCCAGACUUGGAUUCCUAGUCCUUCGACAAACAACAGCAGCGUCAAAAAAGCAUUCGUUGUGGGAGGCAAAGCAGUAG